AUGGGGAAUGGCAGGGCAUACCAAAUUCUGAUGGCAGUCGCAAGUGCAACCGGGAGUUUAUCCCUAGGUCUGCUCUACGUAUGGCCCUCAUACACCCUUCCCAUGCUGGCAGCAUCCAACGGGACAAUCCUGGACGCGCCUCUGACCACCACCGAGGAGGCCAUGUUAGGAGCCCUGCCUUCUUUAGGAGCCCUAGUAGGCAGCGCGCUUGUGGGCAUGGCGAUCAACACUUUUGGCAGGAAAAUGGCUAAUAUACUAACUACUUUGCUGUACAUGAUAUCUUGGACCAUGAUAGGCUUUACAAGAUCCAUAACUGUGGUCCUGAUUGCCCGGUUCCUCGGAGGGGUCGCAGGAGGAUUGACCUGCGUAAUCACCCCCGUUUACAUUUCCGAGGUCGCGGAGGAUCACAUCAGGGGGAUCUUGGCUUCAUUCAUCGUGGUGUUCUAUCAGAUAGGCACGUUGAUUUCCUACUUCAUAGGCUGGUACUGCAGCUACCACGCCAUCGUCUGGAUCAACCUGGCUAUCCCCAUCGUAAGAAUCUUGAUGUUCCUGUGCGUCCCUGAGAGUCCCGUCUUUCUGAUAAAGAAGAAUAGGGUGGAGGCGGCCAGGCACGCAAUUUCAGUGUAUCGAGGUGUAUCACCUAAUUCGGCAACAGUUGAUCGAGAAUUGAGCAAAAUCAAGGAAGAAUUAUGCUCUUCUAUGCCGCUAGAUUUGAUCAAAGAUAAUGGUGACGACGCCGAAAAAAUGCAGCUGAACUCCGAAGACUACUCGUACAAAGACACGUUUAAACCAAAUAGAUUAGCUGCUCUCAAGAUGUUAUGCAAAUCUCCUUCCUCUCGACGAGCCUUCAUUGUGGUGUUUAUAUCUUUCUCGAUGGAGAUCCUAAUGGGAGCAGCACCCGUGGCAGUGUACGCGAAGCAAGUGUUCGUUGAAGCCGACCCCACUAGGGGGGACAUGUGGUCCGUAGUGUUUGCUGUGAUGAGCCUCUUGGGGACGAUGCUGAGUGGCGUGGUCUCGGACAGAGCAGGGAGACGGCCCCUGCUAAUAAUAGCAUCACUGGUGGUGUCAAUAUGCCUGCUAGCCCUGGGCGUACUCCUCCAAACGAAGGUCGCCCCAGCGUGGGUGGGGGUGCUGGUCCUCAUGACGCUCUGUUUCUGCUUCAUGGCCGGCCCUGGGACCAUUCCCUAUGUGCUGAUGUCGGAGAUCUUCUGUCCUGAGGUCCAAACGUUGGCGUCAAUGCUGAUCAUCGAGUGGGUGUGGCUGCUUGCAUUCUUCACACUGGCCGUGUUCCACUGGCUCAACCGGCUCAUCGGCAUCCACGCAACCUUCUACAUCUUCACCUUUAACAGCCUCUUCAACGUGGCUUUCAGUUACUAUAUGAUUCCGGAGACCAAAGGCCUCUCUAACAAGGAAAUACAAAUCGCCCUUCUGAAGGGAAGGAGUAAAUAAAUGAUCUAGUGUAGUGAUUGAACCUUCAACAAAGUUAGUAAUAGGUGGUUA